GUCCACUCUCUGUCACAAUGCUGGGCUAUAUCUUUCUUGCGAUCUGUGCCUUUGGAACUGUUACUUGUCGAACAGCAGGUGAAUGUUUUGACCAGACCGGUGCCUACUUUUUCUGUGCUUCUUCCUGCGGAGUGAUUCCAGGCGCCGCAGAGACCUACUUCAAGCAAUGUUCAGAGGGACUGUGUUGUUCCGACAAGGCAUCAGCUUGUGCUAACACCGAUCAGUACGCUUGGAUCUGCAACUACGUGUUCAUUCCGUUGUGUAAAUACAGGCAGGAUACGGGCUGCUCCAGUAUAGUCACACCACCGACUCCACCUACAACCAAGCCAACUACAACAACAUCGAGUACAACAACAUCCACAACAACAACUACGACUACAACAACCACAACCACAACGACAACCACGCCACCUCCGGUAUCACCCAAAUGUGGUAUCAAAGGCGCAACUAAGAGAAGCAUCGACAAGAGAAUCGUUGGCGGUGAGUUUGCCGCGAAAUGCGAGUAUCCAUGGCAAGUCUCCGUGUCUGUACAGAGCGCUCUAUGUGGUGGUAGUAUCAUCGACGAGUACACCAUCGUGACAGCCGCUCACUGCAUACAACCAUCUAACUCGCUCCAGCCUUCAGACAUAAGAAUAGAUGUUGGAGAGUACGACUUGGGCAACCCUAGUGAUCAGACAACCUUGCCCGUGGAGAGCUUUACUGUGCAUCAAAACUACAACCCUAGCACAUUCCAAAACGACAUUGCCAUUAUUAAGCUGAAAAGCCCAAUUGAGUUCAACGAAUGUGUCGCGCCCAUCUGUCUUCCUGAGGCAAAUCAGGAUUAUACCAGAAAUAACUGCGAAGUCAGCGGCUGGGGUACCAUUUCCUCUGGAGGAUCCAUCUCUUACACUCUACAGAGUGUUGACCUGCCCAUUGUCAGUCAGCAGGAAUGCCAGACAGUUUUCACCAACACCUACAUCACAGACCUAAACCUCUGCGCAGGUCUGACACAAGGCGGGAAAGACGCAUGCCAGGGGGAUUCCGGUGGCCCCUUGGCCUGCCCGACCUCGGCUGGGAACUACGUGCUGGCCGGCGUGGUGUCCUGGGGAGAUGGCUGCGCUGACCCGGGAAAACCUGGCGUCUACACAGAUGUCAGCGAGUACCUGGACUGGAUCGCCCAAAACUCUUAACGUGUAAACUAUUAUCCGGCGCCCUUUAACACAGGACCAUGGGCUUAGCCGCUAAAAGACAUGUUGAGAUGUACUGUUUGUAAAUCACAUAUUUAUGUUAAAUUAUAUAUGUAUAUUGCCGUUUUUACACAUAUGAUAUAUGACGAAUAAAGAUGUUGACGCCA